AUGUGUGCAUUUUUUCUGAACACAGUACCUUUUCGUGGAGAAGCCGGGGUUUUGACACCAGUAACCAUAAACUUGGAUCGACUAUGGUUUGACAGUAGUGGAGACCAGGAUAUUAAGAUGGUGAAAAGGUCGAACAGCUUGAAUAUUCCAUCAACAGCGAUGGAAAGUAUCUCAUAUCUUAAGUAUUUUGACAUCUUAAUUAUAUUUGGACAAUUGUUGCCUUUAGUUACUAUAGUUGGAUACAGCCUAACUCGACUCGACUCGACUCGACUUGACUUGACUCGACUCGGCUUAAGUCAGCUCGACAAAUGGUUUAGAAAAUACAAAAUUGUCCCAAAGUCCCGUAGGAUUUUAAAACGAGCCUUUCCACUGGCGCAUUAA